UUAGAAACGCCAAGAGAAAUCGGUGCCAAAUUAUAUCAAAGUUGAUUUUAAGAAAUGCAAAAAACGCAGAAUGAUCGUGCAAAGACGCAAACGAAGCUCCAAAAAUCGCCUGGUUUGGGAGCGACUCAUUUACAUUUCCAAGACAAACAUCUUUUAAAAAUUCCAAAGUUCUCCAACACGUCGGCCGCUUUGGUUCUCUACCUGUACAACAAUCGCAUAAAAACGAUCGAUCAUCUGGGAGGGUUCUCGAGAUUAACGAGCCUGUACCUUCAGAAUAAUCAAAUAGACAAAGUCGAGAAUUUAAAAAAUCUAAAAUCCUUGAAAAAACUGUAUCUCGGAAAAAACAGAAUCGGCGUUUUGGAAGGGCUCGAAUCCAAUGAAACGUUGGAGGCACUCCACGUCGAGAGACAAAGGGUACCUUUGGGUUCUCCCUUGUGCUUUGACCCUCGGACGAUUUUCACUUUGUCGGAUACUUUGCAAAUUCUCAACGUAUCUCACAAUCGGCUAUCGUCGAUCUCGGUUUUGGCACCGUUAAAACGUUUACACUAUAUCGAUGCUUCCUUCAAUGAUCUGGAUAACGUCGAAGAUAUUACAAACACGAUUCGAGAUUGGUUGUGUUUAAAAGAAGCGAAAUUUGCUGGCAAUCCCGUAAGCAAGAGGUAUAGAUACAGAGAAGACAUAAUCGCAAACACGCAUUGUCUAGAGUCGCUAGACGACAAAAGCAUAUCGGAUUUCACCAGAUCUUUUAUCAAGGGUUUCGAAGAGGGUAAACUGAAUCACGCCCUGAAACGGAAUGUGAAUCUUGCGGACCUAAUUCCCGGAUUACCACGGAAUUAUCCUCUCGGCUUGCAAAGAGCAGCUUCGGCGUCUAUGGUGAGAGAUUCCGGAUGCCAAUUGACGAACGAUUUAUCUACAUUCAACGAUGGCCACCUUUACACGCCAUGGAACCUGCUGCCCAGGAGAAGACCAAUGAGUAGACCAGUUCACUCUCGCACCAUUGGCACACUCAAAAUGAAUAGCAACGCAAACAUCCUGGUUAAUAAAAUUAAAUAAGACAAAAAUACAUAUAAAUUAUUUUUUUUAUUAUUAUUCUUGUAUCUCCACUUAAUAUAAACAAUGA